GUUCGUCUCCUGAACUCAAUCAUGCGAGUCAUGCGAUCCGAGGCUAGCCCAGUCCGUUCGCACACGCAAUCCCGUUCAAUCCUCACAUCUGUCAAUUCCCAUGUCUCGAACUUAGCUGCUUUGGUCUGGUCCUCCGAGGCCACAACGCCUAAAACGAGCGACCUCCGGAUCCCAUCGACUAAAUUUGGUACAGGGCAUGCUGGACUGAGCGUUCUACCACGUGAACAUACAUUGCCAUUAUGGCGAUGCUCCUAUCGCCUCUGACAGCUGCGGCGGUCUUUCUCAGCACAUAUAACUGACCCGUCAAGAAACAUCGAGCUGUGUGUAGUACCGUCUUUCACUUCCCGCAUCAAGCAUCCCGAGGGCAAUCCCGAAACUCAAGCACCAUGCCGACCGCCUGGGACGUCUACGCUCAAGAACUCCUCCCUCUUGGCUACGGCUACCCGCUCUGGGACCCGAGUCCCGACCCCAAAGCAGGCGAGGUGGAGAUCGGCGACGUCGGGUUCCUCGAGAACGGCCAGUUCAUGCGGCUCUUCAACCCGACAUACUCUCGUGAUCACCCCGUCAACUGCGUCUGGGGCGUACCGAAGGACUUCCGCAAGCUGGAGAUCGCGGACAGGCUUAUCAACGAGGAGGACCUAACGUUCAGCUCGGACCUGCUCUGUAGCAGGCACGUCACUAAGGCGGAGGUCAAUGCCAAGGUGGAAGUUGAGUCCGCAGUGGACCUAGCCUUGAAGUAUAACACGACAUCUUCUUCCGGCGCCAUCUUGUACAUCCCCACCAAAGCUGCCCGGCGGCGCGAGGUCCUGCGCGAGUCGUCCAUCAUGCAUGACUACCUUCAGAAGAACUACAAAACAUGGCACCACUACCUGCACCACCACAAGAACCUCAAGCUCGAGAAGAAGGACCUUGUCUUCGUCCGCGGAUGGAUAAAGACCGCGAAGUGGGCCGUCGCCGCGUUCGCGGACACGAGCCGCGAAGAGAGCGCAACGAUCGGGGGCGGACACGGGCCCGCGAAGGGGUCAUUCUCGGUUGACCUGUCGAAACAGGAGGCGUUGGGGGGCUGGACGAACGUGGGCUUGAAACGGGAGAAGGACACGGUCGAUCAGUGCAUCUUUGUGCACUUCUAUCAGUACACGACGCGCGAUGCCUUCCACCAGUGGAUCUUGAAGCGCAAAACGUCGUUCGACAAGGUGCUGAACCACAUAUCGCCCAAGAAAAGGGCUCAUGACUGCGAUACGGACGAGGCGGACGAGGACAAGCACACAGACAAGAAGAGAAGAAUCGACGGGCCCGAGCACGAUUCAGAGGGCGGUGCACUACUGCAAUUGACAAGUAGUCUCGCGGACCGUGCCUUCCGGAAGACUGAUAUUGAUAUCGUUGUAACGGACACGGACGAACUUGCGGCGAGCUUGCUUGAACAUGAGGUACCGCAAUCGAGGCUUCGUGAAGUAGUAUUAGUGAGUGAGACCACUGAAGUACUGACCUUUCGUUGACAGGCCAUCGAGCUUGGACGUGUCACGGAUGCGUUGAAGGCUCAUGAUCCACGGAUCGCUGGUGCAAAUGGAGAGGGUAAGGAGGUCCAACCUAUAACGACGUGCGUAUUUGACCGGACUUCAGUCAAUGCGUUGUCCUCGGGGACAGAGUUGAAUGCGUCAUUGAGAUCGAGACGGUCACCAAGACUGUUGACGUGAAGGUAACGAAAGUGCCAGAGGCCAAGACCGCAGCAUCUAGCACGAC